UAAUAACUGGGGUUGUGGCAUUGUCAGUCGCCUGGCUGGAGACUCAGUGUUAACCUGCCUUCACACCCGCUGGUGGAUCAGUCAUUUUUAACCACUUCAGAGUAUUUUUUAUUAGAUAAACUACAGCGAGGUUUAAUGUUGCUGAUAUUUUAGUGUAGAGUCGACCGACAUUCGUCAGGCAACACGGAGAACGAAUUGAUGAUUUCCACAACACACUCCCGGAUCUUCGCCAUUUCCACAGGAUCAUAUACAAGUACCGGAAGUAUCCUGGUUUCUCCAUAGACCCCAAGACAAGUCGCCGAAGAUACCGAAGAAUUCAACACUGUUAUACUACAUUUGUUGGUCUUCUCUAUAAACCAAGACCAGCACAUAAUCCACAACAAAACACUAGUCAAAGUAAAAGCGAGAAGUAUUAAUUCAAUUCUCAUAAAUUUCUUCCAUUCGAACCUCUCCAGGACAGUACUCAUAAUUUAUUUUCAUUAGGCAAAUAUGAUUGAUUUUAAUUCGUCGUACAGUUGUUCAGUGUGCAAGAAAGGCUUCAGCACUAAAUUAGCUCUAGCAAAACAUGAUUGUAACCAAGAGAAACAUUAUCAAUAUUCGCUACGUCGGAGAGCUCUCUUGUGGGAACAGAGGAUUCGUACCAGCAGGAAACUGUACAAGUGUUCAGUGUGUUCAGAAGAUUUUGAACGAGAGUCUCAUUUAAUACAACAUAUGAAUGUUCACAAAAGAAAGCAACAGAAAACCUGUUCAAUGUGUCAAGAAAGUUUUACUUCUAAAAAAGCUCUGGUAAAACACCAGAAGGUUUUACACGCGGAUAAAACUCCCCCUCAGUGUUCAAUUUGUGCUAAAGUCUGUUCAAAAAAGUCUUAUCUCCUACAACACAUGAAAGUUCACACAAAGUGUAAUUCAUAUCGGUGUUCGGAAUGUCUAGAAGAGUUUAAAGAUAAAACAACUUUUGUCGAACAUAAGAAAACCCAUCCACCAAAAAAAUCGUUCAUGUGUUCCUUUUGUUUUAAGACAUUUUCACGUAAAUCAAUUGUGACUGAACACAUGAUGUAUCAUACAGGAGAGAAACCACAUCAAUGUUCAAUGUGCAAGAAAGCAUUCACAAUUAAAGCUGAUCUAGUAAAACACAUGAGAGUUCAUACGAAUGAGAAACCUUAUAAGUGUCUAAAAUGUCCAAAGAAAUUUAAACAAAUGUCACAUCUGAAGCGACACAUGAAAAUCCACACAGAGAGGACGUAUACGUGCUCCUUGUGUCCAGAAAACUUCUCAAAUAAAAAUUCUUUAAUCAAACAUAACCAGGCAAGUCAUUUAGAGUCUACAGUCAAUAUCACAGUGGAGUGUGAAAUUAAAAGGCAAGAUGAAACUAAAGGUGGGUAAUAUUAAUGGGGAGGGAAGUUGACUGGUGGGGGUAAUUGUAAAUAAGGUGGGGUGAAAUUAUCAAGAACGAUAUUUAAAGAUAUUUAUCUUUUAUGGAUUGUUGCCUUUUAGCAAUUUCCAAAUUUUCUUAAUUUUAAAUAGUUUCACUUUUAGUUUUGUUUUUAAUGUAUGAAACAAGGAUCCAUAAGUUGAGAAAAUUUUAUAUUACCAAUAUAUUAUAGAAAUUAACACAGGCAGGUUUGGCCAGCUGUGGCAAAACGAUGAACUAUCUAUUAAAACUUUUAAAUUAUUAAAGA